AUGGAGGUUGUCUCAGGAACUGCUUCCAUAUUGCAACUGCUCGCGGCAGCUAUCACAGUGACCGAGGCGACACUAGCACUGCUCCGGGCCAUAAGCGACGCGCCACGAGAACUCCAGGAAAUCGCUAUUAAAGUUUCCAUUAUCCAGUCUCAGCUCCAGCAGCUAGACAUCAUCAAAAAUAGCAUUGGUCGCUCCGAAGACAGGACUCUCUCUCCAGAGUUCAAGAGGACGAUCGAACUAUCACUUGCAAAGACGCGGGUCGCCAAUGUCGAGUUACAAAAUGCUAUUCGACCUCUCCAGUCAAAGGGCAACCUCUCCUCCAGGGUCCAUUGGGCACUACUUGAUCGUAGCAAGGUCGUCGUGGUCUCGCAGAGGCUCCAAACCGCGGAGCAGAGCUUGAGUCUGAGUCUUCGCAUCCUGGAAAUACAGAUCAGCCUGAACCUGAAUACGGCGGUCCUUGAAGUCCAGCAAGGUGUCGACGACCUUCUCACCAACGUCGACAAUGUCAGAGAGAACCUGGGGGUCACACCAUUGGGAAAGACGAGUCGCUCACUCGAGCAUUCGACACACUAUUAUCUCCGUCCAUCUCUGUGGAAUGGGCGAGGAGAGUGCCAUAUGUACACUGGAGGACGCAAGCCUCGCUCAACUUGCACUAUCGAUAUACCUCUGCCACUGCCGUUCCGCGGAUCUCGAGUACUUAGGUUCAAGUUUGGUGUGCAGCAUCUGUCAUCUGGCAGCUGGGGCCUUCAACUCGAGAAAGUCACUCUUUCUGUUAAACGACUAGUGCCAGAUGACUCGAAUAUCAUUCGAUCCUGCAAAGGGGGGGAUCUCGUUGGGGUUCAGAAGCUGCUCCGGCACGGCAGAGCCAGCGUAGACGAUGUCACUUCUCUCGGCUUGACUCCUCUGAUGCUAGCGGCGCAGCACAACCAGCUCGAUGUUUUCCGACGUCUCUUGGUUGAGAACGUCGAUGGAGAUCAUGUUGACAGAAGUGGCUGGACUGUUGCAUUCUAUCUGUGGCCACGCUUCUCGAAGAAUCAAGAAGAUUGGGUCGCCUUUCUGAAGCUUCUUCAUCAAUACGACGGUUGCGACUUUGCUCACCAGGCCUCCGGAGAUUGGACCACUCUCCAUCGAGCCACAAACUUUGGUAGUCCAUCAGACAUAUCCACACUAGUUCGAUAUGGCGCCUCCGUGAGCGCUCGCGCAUGGGUUAUCAACUGGACACCAAUCCAUUACGCGACGAUAAUGGGCAACACGGAUGUUGUAAAAGAGCUGGCGAGACCAGAAUACAAUCUCGGUAUCAACGUUCAGGAUGCCAGAGGCUGGUCGCCUCUCCACGUUGCUGCGUACGUUGGGGCGUAUCCCACUCUUUGUACUCUUCUGGCACUUGGGGCCGAUGCGGAACUAAAAUCGUGGCAGGUUGGCCCUGGUGUUGCUUGGCGGGUGACGGCGAAAGACGUCGCUGCAGUGGACCUGGCGAGGCUAAGAGGCGAGAAGCAGCAUCGAGUUUUGUUGCAGGCGUUACAGGCUGUGAAGGAUGCAGGACCUGAGGACGCUGAGAUGUUUUGGGACGCGGUCGAGACUAUCUAA